AUGGCGAUUCAAAGAAGCGUCGAUUCAGAAGAAGCUCCCAUCCACGGCGACAUCCUGGACACAAUCCUCACCCACGUGCCGCUCAUCCACCUGCUGCCGGCUUCCCAAGUUUCCCGGUCGUGGAACGGCGCCGUCUCGACCUCCCUCCGCGGGUUCAACAAGCCCAAGCCCUGGCUCAUCCUCCACGCCCAGAACACCCGCUCCCCUUACCCGACCACGGCCCACGCCUUCGACCCGCGCUCCCGGGUCUGGGUCCAGAUCCACAAACCCGAAAUCAACUACGUCUCCGCCCUCCGCUCCGCCCACUCCUCCCUCCUCUACAUGCUCUCCCCUGCCAAAUUCUCCUUCUCCUUCGACCCGCUCCACCAGACCUGGGACCACGUCGACGCCCCGAUCAUGUGGCGGACCGACCCGAUUGUCGGGAAGGUAGGCAAGUGGGUCGUCAUCGCCGGCGGAACCUGCGACUUCGAGGAUGACCCGCUCGCCGUCGAGAUGUACGACGUCGAGUCCCGGACCUGGCGCACCUGCGAGUCCAUGCCGGCCAUCUUCAAGGACUCCGCCGCCUCCACGUGGCUCACCAUCGCGGUCGGGUCGGAUAGGAUGUAUGUGGCGGAGAGGAGCACGGGGGUCGGGUACACUUUCGACCCGGAUACCGCGGUCUGGAGCGGGCCCUACGACGUGCGGCCCGGGGGAAGCGCCUCCUCCGCGCUGGGGAUCGUCAACGGCCGUCUGGUCCUGGUGGGGCUAAUCGGGGAUGGGGCGAAUCAGAAGGUCAAGGGUUUGAAAUUGUGGGAAUUGGACGGGGAGACGAUGGAGUGCGGCCGGGAGAUCGGGGAGCUCCCGGCCGAUUUCUUGAAGGAAUUGGAGCCCGAUUUCGCCGGGCUGUCGUCGGUGAACGUGAAUUUCAAGGGGGAUUUCUUGUUCGUGACGAACAAUUCGGCGCCGGAGCGGGUGAUCGUCGGCGAAUUCGACGACGGCGGGAGGUGCGGCUGGAGCAGCGUGCGGAACUCGGUGGUGAACGACGAUGUUCGGCUCUCCAGUACGGUGGUGUACACGUGUGCCGACGUCGGGCUGGGGGAUUUGCAGCGGGCGACGGUGUCGGCCGGUUGGAGAUUCUCCCUCAAAGACGGCGCGUGA